AUGACUUCGUUAAGAGUUUUAGUGCUUGGCGCCUUCCUAAUGGUGGUGGCGAUUCUUCUUGCGAUUCUAGCAUGUACGGUGGUUGCUGACAAAAACGCGCGGCCGCUGCUACCCCUCUUUGUUUCUCUCAUCACACCGCUACCAUUUGUGCUUUGUAGCCGGCCGCAGGGCAGUUUUUCGGAAGAAAGUCUCAUUGACGGUCUUGGUCUGUUUUUAGGCGGUGCUCUUGUGGUGAGCGGACCAGCGCUGACGUGCGUGUUGUAUCACGUUGGCGCCAUCAGUUUUGGGGCGUUCUUUUUAUCUAUCUCCUCUGAGACUCUUUUGGCACUUACGGCGUAUGUAUUGACGGUGGACUCAUCGAACGCAGAUGAUGCGUACGAUUUUUAA